GGUAUAGAUCGUUGUCUCAUCAUUUAUUCCGCUAUUACCAACAGAGGGCGCGAAGUGUAAAAUUAAACAAACUUUGAUUACGUAAACUUCUCAAAAACUUUCGAGCAAAAUGGAUGAACUAAACCAACUAUUUAGAGAAAUGAAAAAUGAGUUUAGUCAAAAACUAAAUGCGAUCGAGUCGCGCAUUGCGAGCUCAGAGGAUAAAAUAACAUCACAAAUUACCACUCACAUGAAUAAAAAAUUCGAAGGUCUAAAUAAAGAGAUGGAAAAUAUACGGUCGGAAUUAGAAAACCAGGACAAAAGACUGAGCGCUAUAGAGAAACAAAACGUUCAAAGAAACUUGGUGUUUUUUGGUGUUGAAGAAAGCGAAAGAUCAUACUUCCAACUUGAAGAAAAAAUAUUGGACAUUUUAAAUAAUAAAAUCAAAAUAAAGACAGAAGUUCUAGAAAUACAAUCAGUUAAAAGGUUUGGAAAUAUAGAAAACAAACCACGACCUGUCUCGGUGUCCCUAACCACAAUGGGCAAAAAAAUACAAAUACUAAAACAUAAAAAAUCCCUCCAAGGAAGUAAAAUUUAUAUCCAGGAGGAAUUUCCAAAAAAAGUUUUAGAAAUAAGGAGAGAACUAAAAAAUAAACAGAAAUUUGAAAUAGAGAAAGGUAACAUAGCCUAUUUGAAGUAUGACAAGCUCAUCGUGAAGGAUAAAAAAGAGACCACGCAUAACAAACGACAGCUCUCGGAAUCACCGAUAUACGCUGAAACAACCCCAAACGUGUCAACUUACCCACAACAGCCCUCACAGCGCCAAUCUCACAAGAAAUAUAGAGCAAAUACUUCUAUAAAAUCUUAUAUGACACGACCCGAAAUUGCAUGAGAAUUACGAGGCCCCCUCCAGACUUCCGAAACAACGUCAAACACAGAAGAUUAUAACAUAAUAAAUUCACUCCCAAGCCGGCUGGUCCCCGAGGGAGUUGCAGACCGAAACCCUCCAGAAGAAUUAUUUACCGGAAAUGAACCAAAACCGGAAACCAAUACUCUCUACAUUGCUACCUACAACGUUCGCAGUCUCUCUUCAUAUGAACGCCUGAUAGAGCUGGACACAGCUUUAAAGAAAAUAAAAUUCGACGUGAUAGGACUUUCCGAAGUUAAACGCCUAGGAAAUACAAUAGAAGAAUAUGAAAAUUUUAUAUUAUACUACAUAGGCAACACACCUGGCUUACAUGGAGUCGGCUUUAUUGUAAAGAAAUACCUUAAAAAGUAUAUCACAAGCUU